AGACGUGAACAGACUAGGAGCCCGCGCACUCUGAUUCCUGAUUUGAUAGUCGGCGGAGCAGCGAGUGACAGGAAAUUGAAGAGAGAGAAAAAGAGAGGAGAUGCCGAAGAGGACGACCCACACAUACUCCAGCGAAGAUGCAGUUCCCGACGGUCCUGACUCCGAGCUCUUCGUCUAUUACUGCAAGCAUUGCAGUUCUCAUGUCCUAAUCACUGAUACCCAAUUGCAGAAAUUGCCAAAGAGGAAAACUGACAAGUCAUAUGCGUUGGACAAAAAGAAACAUCUUGCAAGGCUUAACAUCAAUGAAGCAGGGAGGGUUCUUCUGAAGCGAGGAGAAGGGAUGAUAGAAAAGCAGCACAGGAUGAAUUGUUUAGGUUGUGGUCUUUUUGUUUGCUAUAGAGCUGAAGAAGAACUGGAACAUGCAUCUUUCAUAUACAUAAUUGAUGGCGCACUUAGUACUAUUGCUGCUGAAACAAACCCACAGGAUGCUCCUGUGCCACCUUGCAUAUCACAGUUAGAAGGUGGGCUUGUGCAGGUUGCAAUAGAAGUUGAAGACCGUGCAUCACGUUCAGCAAUUACAAGGGUUAAUGCUGAUGAUGUAAGAGUAGCUGUAGCCGCACCUGCUGCACGUGGGGAAGCAAAUAAUGAGCUCCUCGAAUUCAUGGGGAAGGUUUUAGGUCUUAGGUUGAGCCAGAUGACUCUUCAGAGAGGAUGGAACAAUAAAUCAAAGCUCCUUGUGGUGGAAGAUCUCACUGCAAGACAAGUAUAUGAGAAGCUUUUGGAAGCUGUUCAACCAUAAGCAAAUUAGCACCUGAUUGAAGCGAAUCCUGCCUGUUGUACGCUAGUGGCAAAUGUACAAGACUAUCAAUAUAAUCCAGUGUAUCAUUUUUACGCUUGAAAUACUUAGGAGUUAAAUCUUAUGGUUGCUUGAGGCUAUAUUCGUGACUGAUAUUUUAGCACAGUUUUUAAUCCAGAUUCAAGGUAGAACGCUUAUUCUGUUGAGAUUUUACAGAAAUGGUUGUAUGACACGCAAAUUAUAUGUGUUGCCUUUUAGCAAAUGUGAAGAGACGAGACUACACCUGUUAAUGACAA